AUGGGCGUUUUUUUUGCUCCGAAGAGGCGACGCGGUUGGCGAAUGGGUGACGCGCCGAGCGAGGAGGAAUUGCAAGAGAAGAUCGCACUGGCGAAAGAGCAGCUGCAGGAGCUGGCGGAGAAAAUGAAAGCGAGCAAAGCGGAUUUGCUACAAGCCAAAAAGAGGCAUACUCAGGACCUUGAGAAUGAGGCCAAGUAUGGCUACACAAAGUUCGCGCUCAGCUUGUUGCAUGUGGCAGACAACUUAGAGCGAGCGAUAGACAGCGUGAAGACCGAUCAGUUAGAUGAGAGCGAGGAGCUGAAGCACGAAGUGGCCGGCGUGCAAAAGAUUCGGCACGCCGUGGAGGAAGCUUUUGCGGAGUUUGGUGUACACAAGAUGAAGGCGCUGGACCAGCCCUUCAACCCGGAGCAUCACGAGGCGAUGUUCGCCAUGGAGAUGCCUGGCAAGGAGCCCAACAUCAUUUUUCAUGUGAUGGAGCCGGGCUACAUGAUCCACGACCGCACCUUGAGGGCGGCCAAAGUGGGUGUCACCAAGUGAGGCGAUACCAGGCCGCCCAGGAUUUGGGUGAUCCUCAAGGGUGAGCAGUUGCGUUGAGCACCAGGCUUCUUGAGGAAAUUUGACCCGAAUCUGUCUCAAGCAAAAAGCUGCGGCAGUGAUGGUGCUGUUCAC